AUGGCUACUAUUCCACAAAGGCGUCUCACUCGCCUGAACUAUACAAUCCCACUUCUGGACGCUAUCCUGAGCCACUUCAAGAUUGAAAACCUCCCACCGAAGAACAUUGCGCACCCCGAUUUGGCGAGCCUGUUCAACACCAAGCCGAUGCACCACCUCGUCGCUGCCCUCUACGAGUGCCUUGAUGUAUGCUACCGUAGCGAAGCAAUCUUGGCUACCACGGCUGCACGAAUUCACGACCAUCUGGAUGGUAUUCUUGCCUGGACUGCGAGGUGGGUGAAGUAUGUGCUUGCCCCAGAGACGGGCUCGAACAUGCUUUCCAAACAGGCCACGUGCGACGCGUCAUGUAGACUCAUCAGUAUGCUGCUGAGCCUCAGCAACGAAGUGGACGAGGUCAUAGUAGCAUCUCGCAGGGUGUUUGACAUCAUCCUGUGGUCCUGGUCGGAUACAUACACCUCGGUGGAAUCUGAUCUCGCCUUCUCCCUCGGCGGCUCUCGGCAACGCGACACUCCCGGGAAUUUGCUCAAGUUGGACCCAGGGGGUAGUUUCCGUUUUCACAUCGUGAUGCUCCCAGCCCUAACCAGACGAUACAUGGACGAAGAAAGCACCAAGUUUGUAGACCGCCGUUUCGUCGACUACCUCACCUUGAACCAGCGCCGCCUACGCGCCUUUGCUGACGGCUUUGCCAUGCAGUUGUCCAAACUCCGCGAGGUGGUCUGCAACUUGGAUGCAUGGAAACACCGAGACAGAAUCAGCUCGAAGCAUAUGGUGGAAUCUCUUUUCUUUCAAUUCGACUCUAUCUCCAUCUUGCAGAAUCGAUUGACACUGGUUCCUGCGGUAUACGGUGCACUUCGCAAGGCGGGGUUCCUAGAGGAAUGGGUGUAUCUCCUGCGCGAUAUGGUAUCUACUGGACUCGCGUGGAAGAACCCGGAGAGGUUCACGUUAUACCUCAUCAACACAUUCCGUAUGGCGUACCAAACCUAUACGAACCCGUUUUCUGGUUUGGAGAUAGUACUCGAGGCUGGGAUCCAUGAUCUCAUGGACAGGGUCAGGGUGUCAGACGUCUUCAAGGCAAAACCUUCUCUUUGGGAGGCUAUUGGUUUUAUUCACGAGUACUCCGUGAUCAUCUACUUCGAGUACGCCAACCACCCCCGCGGACUGAAAGCACUAAUUCCCGUCAUAGAGUCCAUCGAGAAGAAUCAAUACGGCUGUGAGAAAUGGGCAACGUUCCUGGAGAAAAGGGGCCUCGCGAUCCAGAAAUUCCGAACGCGACUUGCGAGUGUUGCGAUGAUUGAAGCUGAGAAGUCGCCCGCAGUCUUUGGCUUUUGCGAUAACGAGUUCCACGGGAGUUCGGCACUGGCAGUGGACGGGCCGCGGACAAAGAGGGACAGAAGACCACAAUGCUCUGGAUGCGCUGCGGUGUUUUACUGCAGUGAAGCCUGUCAGAGAGAAGACUGGAAACGGCGCCAUAGACCUGUGUGCUCCUCCAUCCGCUCCUCUCAUAUUGGUCACGAACACAGUCACAUCCUAUCCUCCUAUCGCUACCGAGUCCUUUGCAUUCAGCUGGUUCUGUCAAAGUACACGACCAUAAUGGCCAACCGCUCUGAUAUCACCAAAGUCAAACAUCUGUGCGACGAGAAGAAAAGCAAGCUCUUCCCAACUCUCCCCGACAACCAAACUGUCCUCUACCUUUUUGGCGGCAUUCUGCACGAGAAUCCCAGCAAUCCUGUUACCUUUGAGAAGCUGGAAGAGACUCUGCAGGGUGGGGGUUGGCUGACCCUGUUGGAGAACGCAGUGACUCGAGAACGCGCGCUGGCGAUAGUCAAGUCGGUUGGGGAGAAAGUGGCCGAGGGGAAGGAUUCCAGAUUUGUAGUGGCCAUGUGGCGCUAUGCUCCUGGACACCAUAUUUCCCUGGCUGUGGAGUUGGAAAGGGACGCCCGGUCAGGAAGAUUUGUUCACGUUCAACACGCCGCGGAGCUAUCUGCUAAAUUCAACGAUGAUGAAAUAUGUGGCGACAAAGAGAAUUUACUGAAAUGUGCAAAGCUGAUGAGCCGGACUGCAUAUACGGUUGUUCGGAGAGGGGUGGAAGACCUCAUCUGA